UCUCGGACAGGGAUAUAGUGAAUAAGUCCGACUUGUAGCCGUUAUCUGGCCGGAAACGGCCAGUUCAAACUGGCAACCCCAGAAGUGGUGGGUGAAGAGGAGGAGAAGGAGAGCACUGACUCACUCUGCUGACAGCCCAGAAUGAGCUGGUUUCCGCAGGGAAUAAUAUAUUUUCAGUAUAAUAACUUAUGGAACAUGGGCCAAGAGCUCACUUGAGCGAACUUGGGCACUGCGAUACCGGAGCGCUUUCCUUCAAACCCUCAGCACUGCAGUUCUCCUUCGGCUCCUCAGAGUCCCAGCAAAGACAAGAAGAAGUGCACUGACACGCAUUCACAUGACAGCUGUCAGCUGGAGAUCAAAAUGUAAAGGAGCUGAUGCCCUUGGACUGCAGUUAGCUCAGCAUCUGACAUUUAAAAUCAUGCUGUGGACCACUGAAAGCAAUCUGAAAUGAUAAGACAAAGUGAAUGAGUGAAGUGUACCUAUUCAUCAGACUAUCACCAAAUGCCCCAGCAUCAUGAACAGAUGAUUCUUGUUGGGGAGAACAUGAAUCCAUGGAUUCAGAACUGCACAAACUGUAGCCAAGCCCUGGUCAUGGAGCUGAACAUCACAAAGGCCAUUGUUCUGAGCUUUGUGCUGUCUGUUUUUGUUAUAUUUGGAGUACUGGGCAACAUCUUGGUCAUCCUUUCUGUGGCUUGCCACCGAAGCCUUCGGACGGUCACACAUUACUUUAUUGUAAACCUGGCAGUGGCUGACCUCCUGCUGAGCUCCACUGUGCUUCCAUUCUCUGCCAUUUUUGAAAUGCUGGGCCACUGGGUGUUCGGCAGGGCUUUCUGUGAUGUCUGGGCUGCCAUGGAUGUGCUUUGCUGCACGGCAUCCAUAAUGAGCCUAUGUGUGAUCUCUGUGGACCGCUACAUUGGGGUUAGUUACCCACUACGCUACCCGGCCAUUGUGACAGAGAAGCGGGCAUUGUUGGCACUUAUGGGAAUUUGGGCUCUGUCCAUUACCAUCUCCAUUGGACCACUAUUUGGCUGGAAGGAGCCAGCACCAGAGGAUGAGUACGUGUGUAAAAUCACAGAGGAACCUGGCUAUGCCAUUUUUUCUGCAGUGGGCUCUUUCUACCUCCCCCUAGUGGUUAUCUUGGUUAUGUAUUGCCGUGUGUAUGUGGUGGCCCGCAGGGAGACGUACAGCCUUAGGAAAGGUCACAAGAAGGAGAAGGCACACCAUGCAGAAACAGUGACGUUACGGAUACACAGAGGCAACACCACUGUGGCGGAGGAUGAAACGUUGAGGAGCCGCACUCACUUCGCAAUACGCCUACUUAAGUUCUCCAGGGAGAAAAAGGCUGCGAAAACCCUGGGCAUUGUGGUUGGGUGCUUUGUUCUCUGCUGGCUGCCAUUCUUCCUGGUUCUGCCUAUUGGAUCCAUCUUCCCGGCUUACCGGCCCUCAGACACAGUCUUCAAAAUCACCUUUUGGCUUGGGUACUUCAACAGCUGUAUCAACCCAAUCAUCUACCCAUGCUCCAGUCAGGAAUUUAAGAAAGCCUUUCUGAGCGUGCUGGGAGUUCACUGUCUGCACCGCAGUGCCAGACCAACACACCCGCUGUGCCAGAGCCAAGCUGCAAGCCACACACAGCCACAUCUGCUCUCACUGGGUUCAGAGAGCCGCAACGAACCUUCACAUCUCAGCCCGUCAUCCUCUGUGGCCCUUUCCCGUACCCCCUCAUCUUCCCCAGUGGGGGGGUUAGGAGUCAGCGCUGGGGUCGGUGCUGGGGCGAAAGCGGCAGGGGUGUGCAGUAAGAACCUGCUGAGGACGUGUUGUUGUGCUGGGGACUACCCAGCACGGACACAGCCUGCUGCAUGCCAUUCUCUGCCUGUUAUCAAGAUCCAUCAGCUUUCUCUUUGUGAGAAUGGUGAAGCGGUGUGAGCCACAGAGGCAGAAUACUGCUUCAGAUAAACACAUAUGCCUCAGAGUGUGACUAGACUCUUAUCAAGAUCACUAUGGACCUUUGGCAAAUAAUGGAGAUAAUUUAAAGGAGACAAUGAAGUCAUUCAGAGAGUCUGUGAUGUACCUGACUUGCACUGGGGAGAUUGAAAACAUGCUAUAUGUCAAAGGAAAGGGGAACUUUCAGUCAAUUUGAUUGAUAAGCUUUGCACAUUUGCACAGAAAGAAAAUGCAUACUUUUGUUUUAAUGUUGAAAUUUCUACAAGAAAAUUUCUACAAAAUUUCUACGGGAAAGGAUAAAAGUGUACUGUCUUAAUUUUUAAAGGUUAUGUAGUUGCAACGGACCUGAAUAUAUUGAGUAUGCUUAAAUGAUGGUGGUGAUUAAUACCAGUUUAAUACCUUACCUCAAUUCACUUUCAUUAGUUGCACAAAUUUGAUGUAUGUGGAAAAGAGGUGUAGUAGUCUAUACAAAUACAAAUCUUGUGGCCAUUAACAUGCAUGGGAUUUUUUUUUCAGAUUUACAAUUAAAAAGAUUCCAAUAAUUAGACAAUGAAAUAUGUGGAAUACCUGAAAUAUGGACCAGUUUUAUGUGUAUGUUUGGUUCUUAACAAGAACAAUGAAUAAGUCCUCCUUUAUGGAGUCUUUAUGGAAUUUUUACCCUAAGACUCAAGACUGCUUGAUCAAAUAAGAUGAAAUUGGUCAUGCAUUUUGUCCCUGAUUUACUAAAGGUUUGCAUAUGUGAAAACAUGCAAAAUUGGUAACAACCACAAAACCCUUGCAAGUUGAUCUUUCACCUGAGGAAAAUAUCAAGUCUUGUCCAUUUUACAUGUUUGGCUUAACAAAUAUGCUAUUUGGGGCAUUUGCAUUUGAGGUACAAAAUACAAGGCAGUGUCAGUGCAAGAUUAUACCAUUAUACCAUCAUAAGAUUAUUCUAUACCUUAAGGGCAGCUCAACCUCCAGUAAGAAUGUAUGAUGUGCAAACAAUGAGGCUGUCACUGCCACUUUUGUGUGAAUACAUUUGUGUGUUUGUGUGUGCAUCUCUUUCUAUUAGGAAAUAUGAAAUGUCAUGUGUGAGGUUUGAAUCAGUGAACAUUUCAAUUUCUGAAAUGAAUAAAUCAAUUACUGAUCACCAAAACAAAAGCACCAUAAGGGUGGUUGCUUUUAACUGGUGAAAUAACAACACUGACUUUCCAUAUGUAAUGAGAAAUGGUGUUUGAAGGGACUUUGUUCAUGAAGAUGCUAGAUAAAAAUUAGCUUUCAAGAAAAAAAAAAACAACCUAAACACUCUAAAUUAUAAAACAGAUAGAUUCAGUUCUUAAACCUAAUUGGGUGAGUUGCAUUUGAAGCUGUUGUAAAAAAAAAACACACACACCAGUGAAUGCAUCACAAUAAUUGAAUUCUAUAUUAAUGUGCCAGGUUUUAAAACCAUUAAAAUUGUUAUAAUAUGGCCAUUGUUCUGUCUAUAGAAUGCCCUAAUCUUUGUCUGGUAUGUUGCUUAACUACCAAAGGAUACUGUUAACACACUACAUUGCGUGACAGAAUUGUUUAUUGUGAAUAUUAUUACUAAUAAAAUAAAUUAUU